UUUUUUUCCAUACCCUACAGGGUGACAGACUCAACUCACAGAGCACGGAGGAUUGAGGAGGAGGCAGGACAAAAGGUGUCCUGUCUGACACACUCGGGGCUCUCCAGGACAGGGGGCUGUGGUCGAUCAGCCCAGUGAGGGGCAGGACUGGGGGAGUGAAAGAACACCCACCCUGUUGCACCUCCCAAAGGCCAUACUUCCAUCCUCCCUGACCCCAGAUACCCAGUCGUCCCUGUCCUCCUUCCUGCCCUGGGUGACACAUCCAGGGUCGCCCACUGCAGAUCACUUGGGAAGGACAAGGCUCAGGGGAGGACUCUUGAGAGCUGCAACACCACAGGCCUGGGAUUGUGUGGGAAAAGCCCCACCCUGUGGGGCAAUGCAGGAAGCAGACAGCAUCCCUGCUCCAGGGCUCCCACACCUGGGAAGAGCCAACCUGAGCAUUAUAAAGGGCCCAGGCUCUGCCCAGUUGCAUAUCUCACCAUACAUCUUCUGCCACAGCCGCUUCUUCCUCAGCUCUGCUUUUGUGACAGACACCAUGGGCAGCACUCCAGCUGAGAAGGCCAUCCAGGGCACCAUCGACCUGUUUCACAAAUACAGUGGAGAAAAGGACACAAUUGACAAGCCAGGCCUGAUGAAGUUGAUGAAGGAGAAUUUCCCCACCUUCCUGGCUGCCUGUGACAAAAAGGGCACCGAUUACCUGGCCAAUGUCUUUGAGAAAAAGGACCAGAAUAAAGACAGCAAGAUCGAGUUCUCUGAGUUUCUCUCCUUGUUGGGGGACUUAGCCAUAGACUACCACAAACAGAGCCAUGGAGGUGAGGCCUGCUCAGGGGGGAACCAGUAACCCUGCCUCCUCUAGACCUCCAGCGACCUCCCCAAAACAAUAAAGUGUCUCUUCUCACCAGA